AUGGUAGAGGAAGCCUUCAAAGUACUCACAUUAAACUGUUGGGGUGUGUUUAUUCCGUUCUGUACCGUACGAAAAGAUGACCGGCUCAAGCUGAUUGCGAAACGGCUUUCAGACGGAACUUACGAUAUUGUGAUGCUCCAAGAAAUAUGGACAGACCCCGACUUUCGAAUGCUACAAAGUUCUUUGAAGCAUGUAUACCCGUGGUCUACUUAUUUCCAUUCGAAUCUCAUCGGUAGUGGCCUGUGCAUUUUUUCCAAAUGGCCAAUGGACAGCAUCUUUAUGCAUCCCUUUGGAGCGAACGGAUAUCCACAUUUGCUGCAUCAGGGUGAUUGGUACUGCGGAAAAGGUGUCGGAUUAGCCCGCGUCACGAGCAAACAUGGAUUUCGAAUCAACUUAUACGUUACACACCUUAUAGCACGCUAUGAACUGGAUCGAACCAAAGAUCACUACGAAGGUCACCGCAUAUCACAGCUGAUUGAACUGUUGCAAUUCAUACGCACAACUUCUGGUUCCGUAGAUGGCUUCAUUGUUGCCGGUGAUUUCAAUCUGGAGUCAGACACGACGGCCAUCAAGUUGUUCCGCACCCAUCUCGGAGCUUCAGACGCGUGGCUUGACAAUCCGUCAGCUCUUAAACACGCCGGAGGGGAUGCACUAGAAAGCGAAGGUUGUACUUGUGAUCGCGCGGACAACCCUUACCGAAACGACGAAUGGACGAAGUACUACGGAAAUGGAGAGCGCUUGGAUUAUAUUUUCUAUCGCACGGGCCCUGGACCUGCGGACCCUCAUUCCUCGCCAAACCUGGUAAGGCUCAGUUGCGAACAGUGCUGGCUGGAUCUACGCGAAGUGCCAGAUGAGCCCACUGGGUUGCACUACUCAGAUCACGAAGGUGUUGGGGCCUUGUUCAAGCUUACCCGGGUACCGCCAAGUCAGCCUGUUGAGACACCACCGGCUCUUGUACCCAGAGAAGUGGAACCAAUGCUGCUGGAACUGAGACAGCAGAUUGACCGCGGUAUGCACCGAUGUCGUCAAAACCGUCUGUUUCAUGCUGUAACCGGUGUCGCAUUCCUCUUGUUCCUUCUGUUACUGUCAUUUAAUCCCCCACAUUAUAAUUGGAUUGGGUCAUUUAUGUCCAUUUUGACCGCAGGUCUUCUAGGAAGCGUCGUGUUUGUGCUUUUCUGGGGCUCGUUAGUGGGUCACACUGCUGAGCGACGAGCAUUAGAGAACGGGACUUUGAUGGUCGAUGUGCUCCUUUCUCAGCUUGAGGGCCUCGCUUCCAACGGAUCUACCAAACAAAUGACAAACAGCCACUGUAACUAACGGCUGUUUGUAAUUUUUGAGGAUUUUCCAACCAUUGCCACUAUUAUAAGUCAUUUGAUGUUUCAUCCCUUUUGGUUCCGUCAUUAAUAAUAUAGGGUAACUGUGAUGUCAGUUUCCAGUGCUCACCAGAACUUUUUAUGAACGGUUAUUUUCUUCUGUCUAUCUUCUUAAUAAUUGAACAAACCGGUUGAAUUCUUCAUUUUUCUCCUCUGCUUCUUUCAUCCCGGUGUAGUUUAGUCGAGUUUGUUUUAACUUACGUUGUCAGCUUUACUCUGAGAGCCAUACAUUGUUAAUCAGGAUUGGUUACUGACAUGUUGCUAGUAGUUUGUAUUUCAC